GAUUGAAUUCUCCUUCUCCAGUGUGACAGACACCAACGCAGGCAUUUACCACUGUGAUUACUGGAAGGAAGAUAUCUGGUCAGGUCGCAGUGGACCACUGAAGCUGGUGGUGACAGAUGCCUUCAAUGUCAAACCUUCCCUCACUGCUCAUCCAGGUGUCCAGGUGGCCUCAGGAGAAAAUGUGACUCUCAUCUGUGACAUACAUUUUUAUUAUGAAUAUCUUCAUUCUGUGUAGACAUGCAGGAGCUUCCUUCCCUCAGGACUGUUCAAAUCAGACCCACAAGACUUUCCUCAUCUCCCCUGUGAGUCCAACCCAUGGGGGGACCUACAGAUGUAAUGUCUCCUCUACAUACAAGUGCCAUGUCUGGUCAAUACCUAGUGAACCUCUUGAGCUUUCAGUCACAGGUCUACCUGGUGCCACUGUGAUUGUGAUCUCAGUCACCAGUGUCUGCUUUCUCUUCUUCCUCCUCCUCCUUCUGAUCUGCCUAUGCCAGCAUCAGGCCAAAUGCAGGUCUGCUGAUGGUGGGACGAAGAGCCAAAUGAAGUAUAAAAGCUCCAGCCAGGCUGUGGACAUCCAGAAAGAAGAUCAAUGUGAUGACUUGGAGGACAUACAGCCUGAGGAGAACAGACACAUGGACACACAGGUCCCUGCAGAGGACGACAUGCAGGAGGUGACAUAUGCCCAGCUGCACCAAGAGACCCUCAUGGGGACUGUGAAUCCACUUCCCUCCAGGACCCUUCAGGAUCCAUCUGCACAGCCCUGUGUGUACGCCACUCUUGCCUUGUUCCGAGAGGAGAGCUAAGACAGUGGUGUGAGGCGCAGUGUGCAGGUGCCCCUUCAGCCAGGGGUAGCUCUGCUAGAAUCCUGCACAUGUCCCCAGUCCCAGCCAUCAGCUUAAAUGUCCCGAAGACUCAAGUAGAGAGAAGUUUUCUCAACUGUCAAGAUGCUCUGGGACCCAUCAAACAUCUCAGCAGAUUCCUGGCUCCUGGUAUAUUUACUCAAUCACCUGCAUGUCUGACAAAUGUCUGCAGUUGAAUCUUUCCUUGGGCCUAUGCUAUGGAUACGUAGAUUAGUAAAUGUGGCUUCCAGUCUUAGGCAAUUUACUUACCGAAGGAGGUAACCUUGUGGUCUGGACCUUGGAAAGUGGACCUUCCAGAGCAAGGAAACUUUGGGUCACUGACCAGGUAAAACCACUCAGGUGAUCUGCAUGCACCAAGUACAAGAAAUAACAAGAGUCAUUUCUAUACCUUGGGUUUGUGAGUAAUACUGCAGUAAAUAUGAGAGUGGAGGUAUCUUUAUGAGGUACCGAUUUCAUUUCAUUUAGGUAUAUACCAAAAUUUAAUUUCUCUAAGAAUUUCAUACUCUUACUCCUAAUAGGCACACUAGUCUAUACUCCCACCAACAGUGAUGGGGAUAUCCUAUUCACCACACUCUCACUGACAUCCUCUCUUUUUAGUAAUAGUCAUCCUAAUAGGUGUGAGGUAAUAUCUCCUUGUGCCUUUGAGUUGUGUUUACCAGAUGAUAGUGAUCACCUUUUCAUGUGCCUGAUGUCAUUUUUAUGUCUUCUCUGAAGAACUAAAUAAAAGCCAAAUAUUUUGCUCGUUUUAAAAUCAGGUUAUUAAAACAGGUGUGGUGUUUCACAACUCUAAUCCCAGCUACUCAGGAGGUGGAGAUAGGGAGGGUUGUGUUUCAAGGCCAUAGCCAGGUGUGGUGGUUCUCUCCUGUAUUCCCAGCUGUGCA